GAAGGUACACAUAUAUUCCUCACUAAGUGUAAUUACAACACUAAAAAUCGAACAAAUUGAAUUUGAAAUCGAAAGAGAGCAAGGUAGAAUUUUCUCUCUUUUAGAUCAUCUUGAUCAACACCAAAUCAAACAGAAGAUGGUCGUUGUGAAAUCCAAUUCAUUGAUGAAAAUUAUCAGAUGUAUCCGAAGAUCGAGGAGCACUUGUCACAACUAUUGCGUGUAGCUGUAGCGGUUCGUAUAUACGAAGCGAAAGUGCGUUGUCCGCGAGACGAAGUUGCAUCCUCGAUGCGGAGCUUCCUUACAAACUGGCGCAGCUGCUGCGAUCGGAAGAGCAAGAGUCAACCGCAUAAGGCUGACUCCGAGUAGAAGUCAAGCGGGAGAAUGAACAUACUCGUACUAUCACUUGAAAAAAUAAUUUAAACUAACGACUUUUUAUUUGUCUUCUUCCAAUCUUCACGACAAAGUGACUUCAUGUUAUUGAAAGAUGUGCGUAGAUUACAUUGCGUUGGUAAUCGUGUCUUGACAACGUAAAAGCCGGACAGUCCUGAUAUCGUAAAAACAAGAUAGACAUACUUGAUGCUUGUCGUUUGCGUAUGAACAUGAUUAGUUACGCUGCAGCAAAUUGGUGGAUAUCUUAGAUUGUAGACUUCCUGCUGAAGCCUGAAGGCCAAGUGAGUCCUUUGUCUGGUCUCGGAAUCCAGCGAAGUGGAAGUUCCUUUGAUUUUCUUGUAUAUAAGAACUGUACAUGAAUUUACCCUAAGCUGUAACAGACCACACUAAAUUCUCCAAUUAUUUGGAGCCACGGGAUCUCGUGGAGCUCGUAUUGGAAUCGAGGUCGGUGCUGUCGGUGUCGCGUUCUCGGCAUUCAAAGACGUGAAGAUCGAUAAAAAAACUUCAGAUAUAGAGAUUGCUUGAUCGACAGACAGACACUCAAAGACAUUGUUCUCAGCAAUCAUUUAUCAUAGCCAAAAUAGAUGAUCUGUCACUUGAUUGUUCUACUUUUAGACAAAAUAUUCGUGGCGCAUACCAGAUAUGGCUCAAUCUCAAAUAAACUAAGUACUUGCAGCUCCAACAGGGGGAUGCAAUGCGCAAGACGCAGCGUAACUUAAAAGCUCCAACGGAGGCG